AACUAUCCACCACAAAAUGAGUCGAGACGAAAUUUCAAUUUCAACGCGUCUCAAAAGCCUACGGCCUCGACGCGCCGAUUCCAUUUCCCUGCUACAAUCGUCGAAUUUCAAACUUGAUACAACACCACCGCCACCACCACAAAACCCGCUAAAGCGAUGCCAACAAGACAACCCGAAGCUGCUAAUUCACGAUCAGAAGCGGAGACGAAGCGUCGUCGACGCUCCUCCACCCACCCCCGAAUCAUCUUCCGUGCUCAGCCAGCCGCCGAUCCCCGAGGACCUAGUGUCCCGGCUCAGUGAAGAGAUCUUGCAGAGCAUUUUCUAUUUGGCACAAUCCCGUUCUGGCAAUGGGCACGAGUUUACGACGAAUGUCCAUGCACUACUCUGGCAGUAUUAUUUGAACGAGUAUGUGUCCCCAUCAUCUGAUGCUUGCUCGACGAGCUCAUCAACAUAUGCCCGCCCGGCGGCGGCGGCGCAUUCAGCCGGCAACAACUCAUCAUCCUCAUCAUCAAACGCCGGCGGCGGCGACGGCUACCAUCGUUCGAACUCCUCGGGCUCUUCCACACGGCCUGUAGCGGCGACUCGUGAACGAAAAAGCUAUGCAGUGGCGGCCGGAAGAUCCGCACCGAUGCGGAGUCUUUCGCCGGCUCAUCCGAGUGCAGUGAUGAGCGGUAUGGAUGACUUCUUACGACCGGAUCGAUUCGAUCGUAUUAUGCAAAUGACAAAACCAGAUCAAUUCAUUCAAGAGCAACAUUCAUGGAAUCCAGAAGAUCGAUCAUUGAACAUAUUCGUGAAAGACGAGGACAAAUUCACAUUCCACCGGCACCCUGUCGCACAAAGUACAGAUUGUAUUCGCGGAAAGAUGGGCUACAGCCGGGGAUUCCACGUAUGGCAAAUCGAAUGGCCUGAACGGCAGCGAGGAACACAUGCUGUGGUUGGAGUUGCGACGAAGAAUGCUCCACUACACGCUGCCGGAUAUACGGCAUUGAUUGGUACCACUGAUGAGAGUUAUGGAUGGGAUAUUACACGACGAGAAUGCCAUCACGAUUCGAAGCACACAAUGACAUGGAGGUAUCCGUUCAGUAAUAGUCGAGAUGUGUAUAAUGUUCCUGAUAAGUUCUACUGUAUUCUGGAUAUGGAUGAAGGAUACAUGGCAUUCGCCACAGACGACGAGUUCCUCGGAGUUGCAUUCCGAAAUCUCAAAGGAAAAACGUUAUACCCAAUUGUGGCGGCCGUUUGGGGUCACUGCGAGAUUAGUAUGAGAUAUCUGGGAUCACUGGAACCCGAGCCGUUAUCGUUGUCCGAACUGUGUCGACGCCGUGUCCGAAUCGAGAUGGGUGCCCAGCCGGAAGAUCACAUUGAGCAGCUGAUGAUUCCACCGAUUCUCAAGCGAUAUUUGAUGUAUCAGUAUUGAUUGAUUAUUGCAGCAUUUUCAUCAAGAAUUCACUUUUUUUUCAAAUUUUCAGUGUGUGCCUUUUUCGCUUUUUCUCGCUGACUGAUUAAAGCCUAAAAAAAAACUUUAAUGGGGUUAUUCGUGUGAUUUCGAAAAAUGCAAAACACGUAUUUUUAUAAGUUUUCCCUUCGAAAAAUGUUUAAAAAAAUGCAGAAAAAUGCAGAAAAAAUGUCUAAAAAUUCAGAAAAGUGUCUUAAAAAUGCAGAAAAAUGUCAAAAAAAAGUAGAAAAUUUCUAAAAAUGCAAAAAAAUGUUUUUAGAAAUGCGUUAAUUUUUUGACAUUUCCCUGCAUUUUCUGGCAUUUUUUGCCAUUUUUUGACAUUUUUUUGGCAUUUUUUGACUUUUUUUUUUGGCAUUUUUUGACAUUUUUCCCCGAAAAAUGUCAAAAAAAAUGUAGGAAAAUGUCUGAAAAUGCCGAAAAAUGUCAAAAAAAUGCAGAAAAAUGUCAAAAAAAUGCAGAAAAAUUUCUAAAAAUGCAAAAAAAUGUUUUUAGAAAGGCAUUUUCUCCCCCGAAAAAUGUCAAAAAAUGCAGGAAAAUGUCAAAAAAAAGCAGGAAAAUGUCGAAAAAUUCUUUUGAAAACUGAAUGCUUUUUUGACAUUUUUCUGCAUUUGUCUUUGACAUUUUUUAUCAUUUUUUGACAUUUUUCCGGGGAAAAAUCUAUAAAAAUGCAAUUUUGACAUUAUUCGUCAUCACAUGAAUAACCUGAUAAAAGUUAAUUGUACCAUUCGAUGUAUAGUGCCUUUUCUCCCAUUUAGCUUUUUGACUUUUUUUUAAAAAUCUUUUUCAUUUUUGAAGUUUUUUGGAAUUUUCCCCACACACACAUCCCCACGGGUUUUCGCCCCUCGGUUCGCACAUUUCUCCGAUUUUUUUCGUCUUUUUUUUUACUUUUUUUGAAUUUUUCAAAAUUUCCCACAAACCCUGUCAAAAUUGAUCAAUUUGUGAACACUCUCAGUUUUAUAUUGAAUAUAUUGUGUUUUUUUUUUCCAAAUUUUUUUAUGCAAAAAUCCUCCUAACCUUAAGGUUUUUCCCCCAUGUACACUA